AUGAAUGGCAAUUCGGGAGCCAUGUCGCCUGUCUCCGUAGAUGGUAGCGACUGGUCCGGCAUCAAUCAAUACCAGAAGUCGGACCCGCCCUUUUCGCCUACGUUCUCCUCCCGUGGAAAUCUAGCCACACCCCCGACCUCCGGCGUCCCUAGCACUCCCCUGAGUCCGAACAGCGCCGGUCUUCCGCUGCCGGGCAGCGCAAACCCAUCUCCGCCCAGCUCUGUCGGUGCGAGGUCCAGCUCUGGAACGCUGGGCGAUGAUCCGCGCGAUGGCGGCCGACGACGCAGACAGAUGGAGGAAAUACUACACCAGCACUACGUGACGUUCAAGCGGUUCCUGAGCGCCACUUACCGCGAAGACCGCAUCAACGGCCGAUCCAAAAAAGCCCGAGACAAGCUCCUACGACUAUCACCGACCCAGUUCCACGAACUGAGUACCGAUGUCUACGAUGAACUUAUUCGCCGCCAACAAGCCUCGCCUCCUCCCGGCCGUCCACCCCGUCCUGACGCACCGACCUUCCUUCCUCCGCGUACCAACUUCCACGAGAAACGGAAUCAUGCUCGUCAGAGACUCGCGUCGCUUGUGCACCAGCGGUUUCGCGAUCUCGCGACUGAUGUCUUCUGUGAGUUGGAGCGCCGUUUCCCGCAGUUCACCGGUCGUCGUCCUUCGCCUGGUCUGCCUCCGGAUCCUCGUCGCUCGCAGUCUCGUGGUCCUCCGGGGAGUCGUCGGGGUUAUCCCUCUGGUGGUCCACCCAGCCCAUUCCCGCCGCGACAGGGAUCGCUUGGAGGACCGCCUCCUGGGAUGAAUGGAGAUGGACCUUUCCCUCGGUCUUUCCAGAGUAACACCAUGGUCCCGAAUAAGAGUACGAUGGUUGAAGAUAGCGACGAUAUGGGGCCGGAAGAUGACGAUGAUGCUCGGAGUGAUGCAUUUGCAUUAGAUGCGGUCUUGAGCAGACGGGCGACAACUACAACUCUCGGUGAAGGGGAACGAAAAUUAUUGAUGGACAGUCAAGCUCAGGUGUCAGCAUUACAAGAAAAAGUGGAAAAGCUUGAGGAAAUGGUUCGCUGCAAAGAUGAGGAGCUGUCCCGUUCACAAGAUUCCGAUCAAUCAGCGGUCAGUCACAGUGAACGUCAGGAAUGGGACGAUCUUCGUCAGGAUUUGGAGAGCAAGGUGUCGCAGGCCGAGGACCUCAAUAAUUCACUGCAGCUUGAGCUUGAUCGAGUUCGGGCAGAUCAUGAUAAUCUGGAACGGGACCUUCGUCACCAGCUUGAUGAAGUUGUCCGGGAGUCCGGAGAUCCGGACUUGGUGGCUCGGUAUGCCGAUCUGGAAAUCAAGCAUCAGAGCCUUCAAAGCGAGCUGCAACAGCAGCAGGCGAUUACCACUGAGGUGCGGCGUGAGGCAUCUGAAUUUCUUAUGGAAAUGAAGACUCUUACAGCCCAGAGUCAUUCCAAUUGGGAACACGAGGAGCGAUUGUCUCAAGAUGUUCAGAGACUUCAAAGUGAAGUCAAUGAGUGGAAAAAUCGCUAUGCGAAGGCGAAAGCACAGCAGGGUCAUCUCCGUACCUCGUCUGGUGGCCUUUCAGACAUUCAAACCGAUGCCCGCAUUGCUGCUAAGGAGCAUGAGAUGGUGCAGCCUGAUGGUGUGAUUAAGGAUAUUCAUGUCACCAAGUUCCAGCUGUCGAUUGACGAGCUGCUUCGCGUUGCACGUUGCGAGGAUGCCCAGGAGGUGUCCCACAAAGUCAAGGCUGUUAUCGUUGCUGUUCGCCACAUGAUCGAGGACGCGGACCAGGCACCUCCUCCAGCCGAUGGCUCGGCUACUCUACGCAUGAAGGCCAAAACCAGAGUGUCUGCCACUGCGAACAAUAUGAUCACUGCUGCUCGUAACUUCACCGGCUCCAAUGGUCUCUCUCCUGUUUCCCUCCUCGAUGCUGCCGCCUCGCAUCUCUGCACUGCCGUCGUGGAGCUGGUCCGGGUGGUCAAAAUCCAGGCCUCACCAGCAGAGGAACUGGAGGAGGUUGCCGACGUGGACUUUUCCCAGGAGAAGUACCCAGACUACUUCAGCACAACUGCUAGUCAACAGCGCUACAGCAUCCACUCUGAAUACAGUGCUAUCAGCCCACCAGACCAGGACCACCCUGCCAUGCAGAACGGUUACACCAACGGUUACUACGGAGCACCGCAAGAAGACCACGAACUCCAAGAGCUGAAGCUCUACGUUGAGGACCAGACCGAUGGCAUGGUUCAGUCCAUUCAGGCCCUGGUUGCUAGUAUCCGUGCCGAGCAGGAACUGAGCAGCGUCGAGACCCACGUCUCGGCCAUCGGAGACGUGGUCACAAACGUAGUCUCCGCCACUGAACACCUGAUGCAUGAUCGCAGCGGAGAUGUUGCUCUACGUGAGCAAUCCGAACCAGCUGUCCAAGCCCUUGAUGAAUGCCGCGGCCGGCUUAUGUCCACUGCCGCCGAAGGCCACCAUGCUACUACCCCCGAGCAAGUGCGCGAGGUGACCAACCUACUACCUCCUAUUGCGUUUGAGAUUGCUCGCCAGACCAAGGAGCUCGUACAGCGCCUGGAAUCCCUGAUGCAAGCAGAAGACGAUGACUUCCGGUGA